AUGAGGCCUUUAAUCAUUUUAUUCAUUUUGAUUUCAUUUUUAGGGAAUGUUUUUGCACAAAUUCCUCAAAAUUUUCUUGAUUGUCUCUAUCAUUCACCAAAUUCUUCGACUAUACUUUCUAAUAUUAUCUAUACGCCUACCGAUUCUUCGUAUUUAUCUGUCUUGAACUCUUCUAUACAAAACUUACGUUUUACAUCGCCCUCUACUUCGAAACCUCUUUUGAUCUUCACACCCUUGUACGAUUCACAAAUACAAGCUUUCAUUAAGUGUUCCAAAAUUCAUGGGAUACAAAUUAGGUUUAGGAGUGGUGGGCAUGACUAUGAAGGUCUCUCAUAUGUUUCACCUCUUCCUUUUGUACUUCUUGAUCUCGUUAACAUGCAUUCUAUUGAAGUUGACGUUGAAAAUAGCACUGCUUGGGUCCAAUCGGGUGCGACUGUUGGUCAACUUUUUUAUAGAAUAGCUGAGAAAAGUAAGACUCUAGCCUUUCCCGCUGGAUUUUGCCCCACAGUUGGUGUUGGUGGACAUUUUAGUGGUGGAGGAUACGGGAUGUUGUUGCGUAAAUAUGGUCUUGCGGCUGAUAAUGUCAUCGACGCUCGCAUAAUCGAUGCAAAUGGAAAUAUUCUGGAUAGAAAAACGAUGGGUGAAGAUUUGUUUUGGGCCAUAAGAGGAGGUGGCGGAAGUUUUGGUGUCAUUCUUGCAUGGAAAGUAAACCUAGUUAGGGUUCCAUCUACCAUCGUAGAUUUUUCCAUUCAAAAAACCUUAGAACAAAACGCUACAAAUCUUGUUCAUAGGUGGCAAUAUGUUGCGCACAAGUUUCCCAAAGAACUACUUGUUAGAAUAGUCAUCACUAGUGUAAAUUCGACGAUAAAUGUUUAUUUCAGUUCCACAUACCUUGGAGGAGUCGACGAACUUCUCCAUAUUAUGCAAGAAGGCUUCCCUGAGCUUGGGUUGACAAAAGAUGAUCUCACCGAGAAGAGUUGGAUUGAAUCCACCCUUACCAGUGACGACGAACCCCUCGAGAAUUUGCUAAACCGAUCUCAACCCAUCACACCAUAUUUCAAAGCAAAAUCUGAUUACAUUCAAGAGCCAAUUCCCAUAUCUGGAUUGGAAGGAAUUUGGAACAUACUCUUGGAGGAUGUAGCUAACAAUUCUUAUAUGAUUUUCACCCCAUAUGGUGGCAUAAUGGAUGAAAUAUCAGAAUCCACAAUUCCCUUCCCACAUAGGGCCGGGAACUUGUACAAGAUCCAAUACUUGGCUGAUUGGUACAAUGCAAGCGAAGUCUUGGCCACCAAUCGUAUAAGUUGGAUCCGAAGACUUUAUAGCUACAUGACACCCUAUGUUUCAAAGAAUCCGAGAGCUGCGUAUCUAAACUAUAGAGAUCUCGACAUCGGAGCAAACGAUGGAAGGAAUGCAAGCUAUGCACAAGCAAGUGUUUGGGGGAUGAAGUACUUCAAGAACAACUUUAAGAGGCUGGUGGAGAUUAAGAGGAGGGUUGACCCAUCAAACUUGUUUUGGAAUGAACAAAGUAUUCCAACUCUUCCUUAA